AUGAGUGCUGCAUUACCGUCAAUUCAAAUUCCAGUGGAUUACGCUCAGAUCCAAACAACAGUCGAGGACUUUCUUCUUCACUUCAAGAAUGAUUCCUUAGCUAAUGCCGCUGACCGUGAUAUAUUUGGUGAAGAUGAAAUGGAGAUUGGGGAGGGCCCCAAAUACAUGGCAUUGUUACAGAAAGUCGCCAAUCGCGAACUUCAAACACUUGAAAUCGAGUUGGACGACCUACAGAAAUACGAAAAUGAAAAAUUACUGACAUCCGAUCCUGAUGGUUCCAGCGCGUUUGCGGGCUCCACGGGACUCGUCAAAACUGUGGUUCAUAACUGCUACCAUUUCAUUGAGCUUUUCAGCCGUGCAGUCGACAAGCUGCUUCCUCAACCAACUAAGGAAAUUAACUAUAGGGACGACGUUCUAGACGUAAUUCUCUACCAGCGUAAGCUGCGAAAUGACAGACUCUUAACCGAAAGGCGUAGCGAGCUUGCUGCAGAAGCUCCAGGCGAAUUUCAAGAUGAAAACCUUAUGCGGGAAAUCGCUGAACAAGAAUCUGACUUGUUUCCUGCGAAGCUAAUAAGACGUUACAACCUCUAUUUCAAACCUAUUAGCUCUGCAUACAGCCAUAAGUGGCAGGCGCCUUUGCCCGUUAGAGAAAUCAAAGGUGACUGUUUAGGCCAAUUGAUCACGGUGAGUGGUAUCGUUACUAGAGUCUCCGAUGUAAAGCCGUCCGUUUUGGUAAACGCUUAUACAUGCGACCAGUGUGGGUAUGAAGUCUUUCAAGAGGUUAACUCGCGAACAUUUACACCACUGGCUGACUGCACUUCAGAGCAAUGUACUCAAAACCAAACUAAGGGUCAGUUGUUCAUGAGCACAAGAGCAUCAAAAUUUAGCGCUUUUCAAGAAUGCAAAAUUCAAGAAAUGUCUGAACAAGUGCCAAUUGGCCAUAUUCCUCGAAGCUUGACAAUACACAUUAACGGUGCUCUAGUUAGGUCUUUGAGCCCUGGCGAUGUUGUUGAUGUAACAGGUAUCUACAUGCCUGCCCCUUACACUGGAUUCAAAGCUUUGAAAGCAGGUCUCCUAACGGAGACAUAUUUGGAAACCCAAUACAUUUUUCAGCACAAGAAGAAGUUUGCUGCAUUCGAAAUUACACCGGAGACAGAAGCGAGGGUUAUGAAUAUUGCAUCCCAAGGUGAUGUUUAUAACAGACUCGCCAAAUCAAUCGCGCCUGAGAUUUAUGGAAAUCUCGAUGUUAAGAAAGCUCUUUUAUUGCUACUUGUUGGCGGUGUAGACAAAAGGGUUGGCGAUGGAAUGAAAAUCAGAGGUGAUAUUAACGUUUGUUUGAUGGGUGACCCUGGUGUAGCUAAAUCUCAACUACUGAAAUCUAUUUGCAAAAUCUCACCUAGAGGUAUCUAUACUACUGGUAAAGGUUCUUCGGGUGUAGGUUUAACCGCAGCUGUAAUGAAGGAUCCCGUCACUGAUGAAAUGGUUUUAGAAGGAGGUGCAUUGGUGUUGUCCGAUAACGGAAUAUGCUGCAUCGACGAGUUUGACAAGAUGGACGAAGGUGAUAGAACUGCAAUUCACGAAGUUAUGGAACAACAAACCAUCUCCAUUUCUAAAGCUGGGAUAAAUACCACUUUGAAUGCAAGAACAUCAAUCUUAGCAGCUGCCAACCCAUUGUAUGGUAGAUACAACCCAAGAUUAUCACCCCUGGAAAAUAUCAAUCUACCGGCUGCUCUUCUAACCAGGUUUGAUAUUUUAUUCUUGCUGCUGGAUUUGCCAAAUCGUGAGGAUGAUGAGAAGCUUGCGGAGCACGUAGCUUUUGUUCACAUGCACAACAAACAGCCAGAUUUAGGCUUUGUUCCACUUGACCAAAGUCAAAUGAGAGAGUUCAUCGCCUAUGCAAAGACAAAGAGGCCUACAAUCAGCCGAGAGGUGAACGAAUAUGUGGUACAGUCAUAUAUUAGGAUGAGACAAGACUCCAAAAAGGCCAUGGACUCCAGGUUUUCAUUUGGCCAAGCAACGCCAAGAACUCUUUUAGCUAUGAUCAGAAUAUCACAGGGCCUUGCUAAACUUCGGUUCAGCGACAAGGUGGAGUUCGACGACAUAGAAGAAGCGAUAAGAUUACUACAAGUUUCAAAGGAGUCCUUGUACCAAGACAGUCGCAAGAACAUGGAGGAAGAAAAUCCUACUACCAAGAUAUACACCAUUAUCAAAAACAUGGCGCGAGAUGGAUCGCAAGUGCAGCAAAGUUUGCCCUUUGAUAUGAUAGUGAAGACCGCUAGGUCCAGAGGGUUUACAAUGCUACAACUGAACAACUGUAUCGAAGAGUAUGCUUAUCUUGGGAUCUGGAAUUUGGUCAACGAAGGUGCAACGUUACACUUUUUGAAUCAGGGAGUGGAAGCCGCGGGUGAAUUCAGCUCACAGGCACCGUUAGCUUCAACGCCUUUGCCGUCAAAUGAUCUUGGCGGCGACGACACGGACAUGAGUAACGCUUAG